ACUUCCAUUCGAGUUAAUUUCAUUUAAUUAGACCUUUAUUGUUUUGUAUGUAAUUGAUUUUGGUUAAAAUUCUUUGAAGCAAGUGCGAUUGUUGUAAGAAAGCCGUUUUUAAAGCGUAUUUUGGAUUUAAAAGUUUCCCCUUGCACAUGCGUCACCACUGACUUUCGGCACCGUUUGUUCAAUGGCUGACAUUUCUAGUGAAGAAUCGCUUACACGCCAUAUUUACAGCUGAAGAAACGUUGAGUAUUUUGAGUGGAAAAAAAAUUAUUUGUAUUAAAUUGACGUUUAAUUAGAGUUAUUUUUUGGUAAUUACAGUUAAUGAAGUUGAUGUAGAAAUGUGGAAUCCGUCUAGUGUGCAAGUGUUUUGGUAGAUGAUCACUUCACAGACUCCACUGUUCAAAACUGAACAAUCGUGUAACUACUUUUGUUGCUUUACAAAAGGACCUAACACGUUCCACGGUCGUUGCACGUUUUUACAAUUUACAUCUAUCGUGACAAAGAGAGGAAUUGUCGGUAAGAUUAUAAAUUAUGAUUCGCUUAUUGCAAGCGGGGUACCAUUCAAAAUAUGGCUCAAUAUUACCAGGUGUUGAGUCAAAAUGAGAAAACUACAGUAGAAAAUUUGAGGCAGUAUUAUCCGAACAUUAUCGAAAAUCAAACAGUUCAGUACGUAAUAAGCCCUGAAGAUCAGCAGCAGCAGUUUCAAACCCAACAGAUCUUAGUAUCUUCUGACCAAGUUAUGGUAAUAGAGAAUCCACCGCAGCAUGUAAUUGUAGAUCAAUCGGCGGUGACGUAUCAAAAUCCCCAAUAUUUGGUACAGGAAACUUCUGGAGAUUAUCAAAGUCAAAAUCAACCUGUUUAUUAUAUGGAGGAAGUGGAUAGCUCGAGACAAGUUCAAGUUAAUCAGCAGAUUCCGCAACCUACGCCGCCUAUAGUUUUAAAUCAUCAACUACAAUCAACGAUACAUAAUGAGUUAACAAUUACAAAUAAUUCUCCUAAGUCUAAUGUUGCAGUACGACCUCCACCGCCAUUACAUCAAAUUCAACAACCCAGAGCACCUCAAGUUCCCAUUAGACACAAUUUGGUACAAGUAAGAGCGCCAAAUCACCAAACUCAUCUUUCACUUGUGUCGCAAAGACCUCAAGUGGUACAGCAACCGCCUAGACCAUCACUUCAACUUCCACAAAAUCAACAAAAUCCUCGAAAUGUAACACCUCAACAUCAGAUUCAGAUACCAUCUCAGAACGAAACCGUUAACCACCCAACUGUUACAUUACGUGAUGGUCAAAUUGUGAACCUAACAGAAUAUCAAAAACCUAGGACGGCAACCCCAGAGAGUUUAGAAAAAUCUGUUUUAAAUAAAUUUAAAUCGAGCCAACAUUUAAAAUCGCCUCGCGGCACGAGAGGUGGUAGAAGUAAAGCACGUAGGAAUAUGUCUGCACCCAAUAAUACAGUAUCAUAUAGCACACCAGAUGCCACACCGCAAAGAUUUUUGACGCAACAGUUGAAGCAUAUCAAUCAAAAUCAACAGAAACAGUUUGCCCCCCAUCAAAUUCACGCGGUUAUGCAACCUCAACCUGCGAUUAAGCAACAUCCUCAAGUGUUACAACAGCAACAACCAAUACAACACCAAAUCCAUCAGGCGCAAUAUGUGCAACCUCAGUACUUAAUCCAACCACCUUCCCAACAUCAGUUGCACCAGCGAACUCCAUUACCUGCCUACAUCGCGUCUAGCCAAAUUCAGCAAAUCAUCGACAGCACACCUGUCGGCGAAGAGUAUUCGGAUUCGAUUCGCAUGCUGGUGAUGUUAGAAAACGGGGAGCAGAGAUUAAUUACGUUCACCCUGCCCAAAGAAGCUUGUACCAUUCAAGAAAUUUUGGAACAAGUGGGUGUACCUUUUCAUCCCGACACUAAAAUUGAAUGUACCGAAACUAACAAUUGCGGAAUCAAUUAUGUAGUGGUUGUUGGAGCUCAAGGCCAAGAGGGCAAUUUAUCUCAAGAAGGCGAGGUGCAAGAACAAAUUCCAAAAGUAGACUCGAGCGAGGAGCAACACAAAUCGUCGAGUCCCGAAUCGCCAGAUUUAGAGGCACCCCAUUAUAUUCCUGGUUUACUCGCCGUGUGCAAUCAUUGUGGUUAUACAUCGGAGAACUUCCGCCGAUGUUUAAGGUGUAGAUAUAAGCUGCCGGAUGACGUAAAAACCCGACCAGCUUUAAAUAGUAUUGGGGCCAAUGGUAAAAAACCAGAUGUUUUGAAAACCCUACCUCAUGUGCAUGAAAAGAAGUUAUCCCCAAAAACCUCUGCAAACAGAAAGAAAAAAUCUAAAGUGAUUGAUCCUGAGCCUGUGGUCCUUACUCUCAGCUCUGAUGAUGAGGAGAGUCAAAGCACCUCGGUUUCUGAGACUGAUGAAAUUAUUAGGAAGCUCAAUAACUCGUCUGUUACUUUAAGUGCUAUUAAAAAAGAGCCAUCCACAAACGAUAUUAAGCAGAAUACAUCUGAGAAUGAACCUUCAUAUGCAGUUAAAGGUGGCGGUAAAGAUGAUAAUGCAGAUAAUCAGAAUUUGAUCACAACACUGAGUUGUAGAACGAUCAGGAUCGGUUCUUAUAAAUGUUUUCCAUCUGGAGAGGUCCUUCUUAAAUCUCAAGAACUGGUUUUACGCGUACCAGUUCCUAACGAUCCUAAUACUGUCAAAAAAUUGGUGAUAGAGAAGAAGAAUGUAGUAAAAGUUUUAGUUAAUUUUAACAAAUCGUUGCCUGUUGUUUUUUAUUAUGUUGACGAAAUGGUCGGGGAGUACAUUAGAGAAGAAUUGGGAAUGGUCGAGGGUGGUGAUCGAUAUUUUGAUCCCUUAUCAUCUGAGGAGUCUUUCAAAAGAAUUACUCUCCUUCUUGACAUUGUUCCUGAGGCCACUAAAGGGAUUAUGAGAACUAUUUACGAUUUUAAUAAACCCAAUAAGAUUAUUGAUGAGUUGACCUCUUACGAAGCAAAUGAUAUUCUACUUAAGACUUGUCCUAAGGAAUUAAGUAAAGUUAUAGCUAGUUCAGGCUAUCACGAUAUUAAGCCUCUCUUUAUAUACCCCCCAGGAAAAGGAGGAUUAUCCAUUAAUACAGAAGAUUACCUGUGUUUAGCACAGGAUCAGUUCCUAAAUGAUGUGAUUAUUGAUUUUUAUUUAAAAUACUUAGUUUUAAAUUUACCCGAGGUCCUACAACAGAAAGUGCAUGUGUUUUCGACCUUCUUUUAUAAGCGCCUGACAACCAAACCAGUGAAAGCUUCAAGACGUACCCAUCCUGCCGAACUGGAUCCUGUAUUAACUCCAGCACAAAAGCGCCACGCUCGCGUUGAAAAAUGGACAAAAAGUGUGAAUUUGUUCGAAAAAGAUUUCAUAAUAAUACCCAUCAAUGAGAAUUGUCAUUGGUUUUUGGCGAUUGUCUGCUUUCCUGGUAUGACUGGUUGUAUUACUUGGGAUGGCAAUACAAUCAGUGUAUCACCGAAACAGAAAAAAAAAAAAAAACUAAGCACCACUACCAUAGGAAAUGUAACAAUUACAACUGUAGGCAAGGAGAAAAUUCCAGAAUUUGAUGAUUGUGACGCUAGCGACAAGGAUGAGGCUGAAGGGGAUGAAAGUGAACUGGACUCUGAUAUUGACAGUGAUGAAUCGGAAACACUCCAAUUGUCACAGACGCCCAUUUCCAACAAGCGGCAACCUAUCAAGCAAGCUAGCAUUCUUAUAUUUGAUUCCCUAGCUGGUGCAAGUAGAGCUAGAGUUGUGGCAACCCUUCGCGAUUAUCUUUCAUGUGAAUACAAGGCUAAAAUGGGUGUUGAUAAAGUUUUUAAUAAAGACGUUAUUAAGGGUAGUUGCCCAAAAGUUCCUCAGCAAACUAAUUUUACAGAUUGUGGACUGUAUUUGUUACAGUAUGUCGAGUCUUUUUUCAAAACCCCAAUAAAGGACUAUCAUGUGCCAAUUAAAGAAGUAACACAUUGGUUUGAUGAGUUUGUUGUAACAAAAAAAAGAGAAGACAUUUCGUUAUUAAUAAAAGAUCUUAUGUUGAAAUAUGAUAAAGAUUUGGAUAUUCUACCAGUGAUAUCAUUUCCAACACUUGAUGGUAAACUUGUGCAAAGAGAUGAAGAAGAUGAGGAGUUCAUGAAUGACGAACUUGAAGAGGAAUUGGAAGAGGAGGAUUAUUUGCCGGAAGACAGUAGCGAAGUGAGUGAUUCUCAUAAUGACAGUACUGAAACCCACGCAGAGCAACAGAUAGAAGAUGAAUCACCAGCAGCAGUAACGACACCAAUUACCAAUCCAAUACGCAUCAAUUUAAACAAUUCCAAACGUAAAGAGGAACAACAAGAGCCUGUUGCCAAUAAAGGUAGAGAUGGCUUCAUCGAAGAAGCAAUAUCUGACCAAUUUUUAAAGCCUGAUAUGAGCGAAACAGGUAGCAGUAGUAGUAGUCGAGAGACUCUGUCUUAUUUAAAAGCAAAACGAAUAAAUAGACACAAAAGCCUUUCCACAAUUGAUACAAAAAGAUUUAAAUCGUCUGAUGACUAAAUAAACGUUUUCCGUUAGUUAAUACGAAAAUAUUUAUUAGUAAUUUUUUUCAUUUACACAAAGCUUGAGUUUCUAUACUGUAUAAUAGCUAAUUUAAUCUGUACAUAGCGUAGAUCUAGAGAACGUGUAAUGAUACCGAUCACUUUUGUUAGCGAUACAAUAAUUGUGUAGUACUGAACGUUUAUAUUAUACAGCUUCAACAAAUAUGAUGAAUAAUAAUAAGUAAUUUAAUUAUUUCCCACUAUUAAACCCCUAAAACAGCAUAUAAGCAUUGUUUAUUCAUGCCUAAACAAUGAUAUAAGGUAUCUCAUGUAUUUAUUUUAAUUGUACUUUUAGGGUUUUUAUGACAAGUUUAAAUGAUAACUUUUUGUAUUAUAUAUUUCAUAGGCUGUAUAUAUCUAUUAGUAAUUAAACGAAAACUACGUUAGCUGUAUUACUUCUUUACCCGGUUAAAUCACUCAUUUAGUUAUAUUUCUGUUUAAGAUUUAGUAAGUUAAGUUUAGUUAUUGUUGGGAAUGUAUUGGUAUCCCUGAAAUAAAAAAUGUCAAAAAAG